UGUAAGAACCUCCUGUGUUAAAAGAUGUCUGGACGCGGAAAAGGAGCCGACAAAGCCAGAGCCAAGGCAAAGAGCCGCUCCUCCCGGGCAGGACUCCAGUUCCCGGUCGGUCGUGUCCACAGGCUGCUGAGGAAGGGCCACUAUGCGGAGCGUGUGGGUGCCGGCGCCCCCGUCUACCUGGCGGCUGUGCUGGAGUACCUGACCGCUGAGAUCCUGGAGCUGGCUGGAAACGCCGCCAGAGACAACAAGAAGACCCGCAUCAUCCCCCGUCACUUGCAGCUGGCUGUCCGCAACGACGAGGAGCUCAACAAGCUGCUGGGCGGAGUGACCAUCGCUCAGGGCGGCGUGCUGCCCAACAUCCAGGCUGUGCUGCUGCCCAAGAAGACCGAGAAGGUCGCCAAGUCCAAGUAAAGCCGAGGACCCGCUGAACGACACCAAGGCUCUUUUCAGAGUCACACACUGUCCUCUGUAAACAGCAAACAUCCUCAUGUGUCUCAUCAAACACUGUCAGUGAAACAUCCAGACCAACAGCUCAUAAUAAACAGUUACUGGACCAAUCAAAUGUUGGUUUUAAAUGCACUACUGGUUUUUAAUUGGUUUGUGAGGUCAUGUAUAAUAACGAUUUUUCUGGACACAAGCUGCACUGUCUGCUACCGAAGAUAUUUGUGUUUUGGGUUCAACUUAAAUUCGUGCGUUUACAGUGCUAAACAUAUUGUUAAAUUCAGUUCUGCUAAUCUUACAUUUUUAUUGAGAUAUGUUUAUUUUAGUUUAUUAUUCUUUUUCAUAGAUUCAUUCAUACAUUAUUAUCAGUAAAUAAUACAACAGAAAAAACAGUAAUAGUGUAAAAAAUCAAUGUAUGAUGCAGUGUUUGUAUUUAAAAAAUACUUUACAAAUUCUAAAUAUGUAGUUAAAAAGAACAGGUAGUAAAAAAAUUGAUCUGAAAAUAUUGUAAUCCAAUUCAGUUCUUAUUUUUAAUGUC